AUGAUGGGGAUCUUUUUGGCGUCUGUUGGAUUUAUGUUCUUUUCCGUGUUAUAUGUACAACAAGGGCUUUCUUCUCAAGCAAAAUUUACCGAGUUUCCGCGAAACGUGACUGCGACCGAAGGGCAAAAUGUGGAGAUGUCCUGCGCUUUCCAAAGCGGCUCUGCUUCGGUGUACCUGGAGAUCCAGUGGUGGUUCCUUCGGGGACCAGAGGACCUGGAGCAAGGGACUGAGGCUGCAGGCUCGCAGGUGGAGCUCUUACCCGACAGAGACCCGGACAACGACGGGACCAAGAUUAGUACAGUGAAAGUCCAAGGCAAUGAUAUCUCCCACAAGCUUCAGAUAUCCAAAGUGCGGAAAAAGGAUGAAGGCUUAUACGAGUGCCGGGUGACCGACGCUAACUACGGGGAGCUUCAGGAACACAAGGCCCAGGCCUACCUGAAAGUCAAUGCCAACAGCCACGCUCGGAGGAUGCAGGCCUUUGAAGCCUCGCCUAUGUGGCUACAAGACACGAAGCCUCGAAAGAACGCAUCGUCGGUGGUUCCCAGCAGCAUCCACAGCUCUGCCAACCAACGAACGCACUCCACCUCCAGCCCUCAAGCGGUAGCCAAAAUCCCCAAGCAAAGUCCACAAUCAGCAAAGAGCAAAUCGCCUGUAAAAUCUUCGGAGCGGACAGCAAAGUUGACCCUAAACUCCAAGCACCAUUCUGCACCCCUGUACUCUAGUUAUCUACACAAGGAGCAUCAGCUUCCGGAAGCAUAA